AAAUCUGUAUCCAUGGACAGAAUGCGAUUGUAGUAAUCACAUAGUCUCAUUUCCUCCUUUUCUUGUUGUAUGUUAUUUUCCCUUUUGCCAUUUGGGUAAUUGCUAUCAAUCCCCUCCUUUAUCACUUGGUGGGGUGUAGCAGGGCUCUUUGUUGUGAAAUUCCCCGAUCUCCAAGCUUCCCACCCGAUCUUACCUCACUUUCCAACACGGGAAACCAGAGAAACAGCCAGGAAGAGACAAGAUGGCAGAAAUUAAACCGGAACAGAUCGAUACAACCCUCCAUGGUAGUGGGAAAAAAAAGAAAGACCAAGACUCACACGCAUCAACAAUCCCAAAAGGCGUUGUGCUGGAUGAAGAAGGGAAGCCAUGCCGUCUCUGCACCUCAGUAGCAUCCUGGAAAGCACUCACAAAACGAGCCAAAGAAUCACCUUCGCCCGUCGCCAACACAGCCACGACUUCAGCAACAAGCACAUCACAACCCCUGCACAACACAAACGAAUGUCCCCCCGACGUCGAAGCCCUGGGCCGCUCAACCUGGACCCUUCUCCACUCCCUAACGGCCGCAUACCCCAAACACCCAACACAGGAAAAGCAAAAUGAGAUGCGCUCAUUCCUCACCCUUUUCUCCCGGCUGUACCCUUGCUGGGUCUGCGCGGACGAUUUCCGCAUCUGGAUGAAUGAGCCUUCUGGGCAGAAUCAACCGCGAUUGUCGUCGAGGCAGGACUUCGGGACGUGGAUGUGUGAGGCGCAUAAUGCCGUGAAUCGGAAGCUGGGGAAGAAGGAAUUUGACUGUAAGUUUUGGGAGGAGAGGUGGAGGACGGGCUGGAAGGAUGGGAGGUGCGAUUAGUUUUGGCUUCGUAGUUGAUGUCUUGUUCUUUUUUUCUUGUCAUUGGGAUCUAGUAAGGUGUUGGGUUGGUUGCAAUGGUGAGUCUAGACACAGCGUGCACUAGAGCAUUUUCCAUCUCUGCUCUACUUAACAUACAACUGUAUACAUACAUGUACAUUACUUGGCAUACAAGGGUUGAAGGCAAAAAGCAAUUGCUUACUGUGGUCCAUUGUAAUCG